AUGAAGACUUUAUAGGUCCGGUCGUUUCAAAAGAAGGUAAUUAACAUAUAAUAAUUGUGAGAUUGGAAUUGGUGGUAUUUGAAUAGUUUUUAGAACACGAUUUGUGGAGGAUCUUCUAUUGCAGGUGGCUAUGAAGGAUUUAAUUAUCAAAUUUUGAUUUUUAAAACAUUUGAGCUGCCUCCGCAUUUUUAAAUUAUAAUCAGAUUUAAAUUUUGGAGGUUUUGUAACACAUUAUCUAUAUAGGAUUGAUUAAUGGGAAAUUAAUGAUGAAUUUUCUGUAUAUGUUGAUCAUGUUCGAGUUCAUAAAUAUAUAUACUCAAGUAUCGAUAGUUCAACGAAUAUUUGUGGUUCUAAUGAUUAUGAUUCAGUGAUUUAAUUUGAUAGAAUAGUGGAUCAUUUUAGUACUUCAUCAACAAUAAUGAUGACAACUGUAAAUGGCGGAUGGUGGGGUAUUUCAGAAUAUCGACUAUAUGCUAUUAAAUGUUCUUUUGGGUGCAAUUCCUGCAAUUAAUAUAAUUGUUUUAAAUAAGCUUUAUUUUUGGAAAUAUUUAAUAAAAAGUGGUUUAAUAUUGAAAAUUGGGAAGGAUGGUAUCAUAAUGGUAAUUUGGUUAUAGAAAAAAAGGGUUUGUGUGGUAAUUAUUAAAAUAAAAGAAUUAAUAGGGUUCAAUAGCCUAAUUUCUCCUGGUGAUUAUCUGACAAAUUCGUUCAUUUUAGGGAAUCAUUUUGCAAUCAGUUUAUAUUUAAAAGUGGCAAUUUACAAUACUAUCACUUCUAGGGUUGAUGUAGAAAUUGAUGACAAUAUAGUAUCUACUUCUUAAUUGAAUCACUAAGUACCAACAUAUAGAGAUGAUACCUGCGGUAGAGUACUAAUCUUGCACUAGAUAAAUAUAUAUUAAUUAGAACAUACAAAUAAUGUUUUAACAAUUAAAAUAAAAGUAGAUUUAUCAAAUUAUUAUCAUUAUUCUGUAAAUUUUGGAAUAAGAGACUUUUAAUUAUUUAUUAAGCCUGAUUAAGAUAUGUGUUUAGAUUCAAACAUUAAUCCAUUUGAUGGAUGUUUUUCUUCAUAGUUUAGUUGUAUUGAAGGGUGUAGUAAUUGUAUAAAGGGAAUCUGCUUUUAAUGUUAAGACGGAUGGGAAUAUAUAACAUCAAUAAAACAUUGUGUUCCUAAAUGUGGAGACUCAAUAAUAAAUUAAUAUGAAGAGUGUGAUGAUGGGAAUUUAAUUUCUUAUGAUGGAUGUCAUCUCUGUUAAUUUUAAUGUCCUCAAGAUUGUUUAAAUUGUUAAUUUGGUAAAUGCUUAGAAUAUUAACAAUCAAUAAUAUUGAUUAAAAAUUAUUGUAUCUUUAAUACACAAAACUUGAAUGAGUAUAAAUUAAAAGAGGAUAAAAGCUUUGAUCACUAUUUUAUCAAUUUUAUUGAUUAAAGUUAUAAAACAGCUUGAUUUCUUUAGAUUCCAUAAUUAAAAUAACAUCAAAAUUUAAAACUGCGAUUUAUAAUUAUUUGGAUAAUGCUUGAAAUGUUAACACUUUUAUUAAUUGAGUAUUAACAAAUAAAAAUGCAUCCCUAAUUGUAAUGAUGGGAUCAAACUAUAUGAUGAGAUUUGUGAUGAUAACAAUAACAUUCAAUUUGAUGGUUGUUAUAAAUGUUAGGAAAGUUGUUAACUAGAAUGUUUAACCUGUAUACAAGCAUAGUGUUAUGAAUGUAAAGAUGGGUGGCAACUUGUGGAUUAUAAAUGCAAAUUUGAAUGUGAUAAGAAUUGCUUUUUAUGUGCAACUAAUGACCUUUGUUUUCAGUGUCUAGAUCAUUUUGAAGAGAUAAAAGGUAAGUGUAUCCCUAUAUGUGGUGAUGAAUAUGUCGUUCCCGGUUUAGAGGAAUGUGAUGAUAACAAUUAGAUCCCAUUUGAUGGGUGCUACUAAUGUAACUUUUAAUGCGACGAAAAAUGUGGUAAAUGUAAUUAGGGAAAUUGUAUAGAAUGUUAGGAAGGAUAUGAAAUAGAUUAUAAUAAAAAAUGUUUAUUUAUCAUUUCAGAAUAUAUGGAAGAUGGAAAAAGAGAAUAAAUUUAUGAAUAAUAAAUUAAAUGUGGAGAUACAAUAAAGCAAGAAAAUGAAGGAUGUGAUGAUGGAAAUGACAUCAGUUACGAUGGAUGUUCGUAAACAUGCUAAGUUGAAAAUAAUUGGUAAUGUAACGAAGAUUUACCUAAUAAAUGCUAUCGUAUUACUUAAAUUUUACUUACAUAUCUUAACCAAACAUAUGAUAAACAAUUUGUUAAUUUAACAUUUAGUCAAAAGGUUAAAUGGUAAAGAGCUUCUAGAAAUUUUAGUCAAGCAAUCUUAACUAAAAUAGAAGGGAUAGAAAAUAAAAUAUAUAUUACUCCAGUAACUCCAAUUGACAUAGACAAACCAAAUAAUCCAGUUUAUUAAUUUGAAAUCUAAAUUUUUAGUUCAAAAUCCACACCACCAAUCUUGUUUGCAAGUAUUUAAGAUGGUGUAAUAGAUGAACACGAUUUUAAUUUAGUUUUGGCUUCAUAAGAAUUAAAACUAAAACCAACAAUAAUGUUAUCUAAUUCUCAAUUAGAUACUGCAAAUAAAUUUUAAACUAUGGGAAAUUACAUAAUGAUUGGAUUAGGAUGUUGCAGUGUUUUAAUGUUACUCUUAGGUUAUCCCUAAUCAAGCAUAGAAAUUUUUGAUAUACUCUAAUUUUAAUCGUAUUUGCGGUUUAUAUAGUAAAUAAAUCAUUAAAUCUAUUCUUUUUUAAAUUAAAUAUAAAUUUGGAAUUCCCAUAAAACAUUUAAAUUUAUUUUGCAUCUUCUGAUUUCGUAACAUUAACACCUGUUCUAGUCAAAUUGA